GGCCUAACUACGCAUGCGCCAUUCUGGGCGCUUUAAACAAGUAUGCAAGAGUGGAACAUGAACAUACUAGGUGAGUUUGAGAAAUAUUACGAAAAUGAGGGAUAACGCAAAAUACCAUGAUCGGUGAAACUAUAUGCUAACUUAUUAUAACUUAUUUUCAGUAGGGUGUGUUACAUACUUCCUCCAAGUCGCUUCCGUAUGCAGCGAGUCAGUGCUGUGAAAUACUGUUCGCUAUGUUUUUCAUCAAUGCGUGCAGGACCAAAAUGGAGGAAAUAUCGAAGUGCUAGUUAGCACUUGCUAGAAGCACGAACCACUCUAGCUAACUGCUAUCCCCGUGCACCCUUGUAGUUUUCAGUGAAAACGGCUAACUACCAAAUCAUUUGGCAGGACCAUGAGGGUGUGCAAACGAUAUUUGUUAUCCAAUUGUAAAAUAAUAGACCCUACGUAACAAGCUAGUUAGCUAGCUAACAAUCGUUAGACGCUAACUAGAUGCUGGGAAACUGGAUAGCUAACUUGUUUGUCCUGUACAGUUAGCUUACUAGCUAAAAUGUUGUAUAGUUUUAGAUAGUUAACUAGCUGGUGAAAGGGUGCCGAGCAGUCAGGCGCAGUGCAGUAUUUUAUGUGUCAGUCAGUUGUAGUAACUAGUGAGGUUGCCAGUCAUGGAACAACAUUGUGCCUAGCAAACUUGCUAGACAGCACAUUUUAUUUAGACCCACCUAGCUGUCAAUGAAUGUUGGUUGCAAUACUGAUGAUCACUUAUUUCUAUUACAGGAGGAAGACUGAUCCAGGCUCAAUGAAACAGGAAAUAGGCAUCAAUGACACUUGACUGCUUUGCAGAAUAAGCUGUUAUUCUGUAAUGUUAGUUCAAUAACACCUGAGUUGUAUUCGCCAUGACUAUGAGAUCCACUUUGUUUGCUAAUGCAGGAUUUAAGCUGGACACAGAGAGAAUUGACUUUGACAAAUCACAAGUGGGAAAUGCAAAUGUCGUGAACUCCAUAACCAUCAAGAGAGAAACCUGUGACUUUGUCAUAGAUGUCCAUGACGUACAUGGGGACAUCCACAACACUGGAGGGGAGCUCCUCAGCAAAACAAAGAUCCUAGACCAGAAAUACAUCAUUCGGGCCCCAGUGGUGGCGGCACAAAAUAAAGCAGGAGCGGCACUGGUUCAAGGCGAUAAUUGGGAAAGCACAGGGGUGCCAUCGUCCUCUGUCAGACAAAUGGGGGGUGAGGGAAUCCCAAUGAAAGGUAAACCCUUUCUGAGUGACGGUGUGGAUAAUAAAGAGUUGGUUUCAAACAAUAACUCCAAGGAUGCUGGUACUGAUGAGAGCACCAGAGGGGUCUCCCCUGGAGGAGUUGUCAACACUGCAUCCAUUGAGUUCAGCACAGAGGGCAAGUGGAGGAACAUCAGGAAAACCCCUGCUAACCCCCACACACAGGCCACCUGCCUCCGGCAGAUUCUCCUGCUUCAGCUGGACUUGAUUGAACAACAGCAACAACAGCUGCAGUCCAAGGACAAGGAGAUAGAUGAGCUGAAAGCAGACAAGGAGACGGUAUGCACAGUAUAUUAAAGUGUCUAAUUGUUUGUAGAUGACAGUAACGCUGUCAUUUGUUUAGAACCAAAUCAUUUAAAGAAACAUGUCUGCAUGCAUAGUUGCUGGCGCGUAUUGAGCGCAUGGAGCGUCGCUUGCAGCUGACGAGGAAGGACCCACGUGAUAAGCGCCUAUUUCAGCCACUAGAGCCCUGGACCCCAGAUAAAGAGGACCUGUGGGAUCUAGAAGUGUGUGACAGCCCACAGACUCCCACCCCCAGGACAAUCCCCUUCAGUCGAGGCGGCAAAGGCCUCAAGAGGUAACAGACCCCAAAUAUUACUCUGCUUUCACUUCUCCUCAGUCAAACUAUCUUCCACUCACUAAUACAUAUGCUCUGCUCAUGCAGGAAAUUUUGCUUCCUGGACUCGAAAAGCCAGAAGUCACGAGGAGGGAAAGGCUCCAAGUUCACCUCCCCUAAGUCAGAGUGUGGAGCUGGGUCUCCACAUCAGAGGGAGCUACGCAGUAAAGAGACCCCAGAGAAGAUGGGGUUUGGUCGGUCAGCGGUGGAGAGGGAUACUCUGCACCCGAGCAAAGAGGACCCGGAGCGCACCGAUCAGAUGGAGGAGCUCCCUUUCAUGUCGACUACUGAGAUGUACCUGUGUCGCUGGCAUCAGCCUCCCCCCUCCCCCCAGCGCGAGCCAUCCCCUUCCCCGAAGAAAGAGGAGGUUGUAGCCAGUGAGUAGACCCACCACACAUGCCGGUUGUUCCGUUCCAAGUGUUCAGCUGUGUAGUAUUGCCUCGCAAUGAAUAAUAAUGUAGAAAUCCAAAUAGUAUCGUUAUUAGUCCUAUGUCUUUUUUUUUUACACUGUUCUGUCUUCCAGUUCCAUCCUGGAAGGAAAACAGUAUGGAGCCCUUGGAUGAGGAGGCUGCCAGUGACAUCCCAGAGGUGAGAGAGGAGAGCACAAAGGCUUUACAAUUAAACUGAGAGUCAGAAAUAAAGCCUGUAAUGCCACACAAUAUUCAACUCACCAUUUACCCCUUCAAAUGGUCCUUCACCCCAUCAACAAUGUGUGUGUGUUGUUUUACCAAGAUGUUGGACGACAGUGUCUUUUUGAAGCGCCACGCAAAGCUGGAGCUGGAUGAGAAGAGGAGAAAAAGGUACAAAUGGGUUUUCUGACAUCCGAGUUACCCUCAAUGCCUCAUGAUCAGUCUCUAACCUCUCACUACGGCUCCUUUUUUGUGCGUGUAAUGCAAUCUCUAUGUAUUAUAUUGAACCACUAACGUUUUCAUCCUUUCCUUGCUCUCAUCAUCCCUCCUCCCUCUCUCACUGAAUCUUUUUUUUUUUUUUAGAUGGGACAUUCAGCGGAUCCGCGAGCAGCGCAUGUUUCAGCGUCUCCAGCAGCGCAUGAACAAGAAGAAGGGGAUCCAGGAGAGUGAGCCAGAGGUCUCCUCGUUUUACCCGGACACUGAGGAUGGUAUGACUGGCCACUUCAUCUGCUGUCUAAACAUGGAACCGUUGUUUUUUACAGAACCAUAAAGUUGCUAUGGCUUUAAUACUGUCAUUUAGUUACUGAAGUUUUACAAGUAAUGCUUUCAUUGCAUGCAGACACAGUCUUGAUUUUGAGACUCUUCUUUCCCUUCUCCAGUUGAGUCCAUAAUCAUCACCCCUUUCCUGCCUGUGGUAGCCUUUGGCCGGCCUUUGCCGAAGCUCACUCAACAGUAAGUCUUUGUAUUUUGUAUUUCAUCCACCAGUAGUCCUGUCAGUCUUUCUCAACUACAACGCUCAUUGUAGGUUCAGUUCAACAUGCAGGGAACAACCCUAUCACACAUCAUGGCACCCUUUUCCAAGCACUUGGUCCAAACAAACACAUCUAUGCAUUUUUGUGUCUUUUUCAUUCAAAGGAGAUAGUUUGUGUGAUAUACCAUUCGUAUGCAGAGAUGUUAUUUGUUUGUCAAUUUUAUAUUUUAUUCAGGUUUUGAAUUUGCCUAUAGGUUCACUUGUAGGACUAUAUAAGCAGGCUUUUUUGUUAGGCUUGUCGCUGGACAUUUCUUUGUAUAGUUGAGUUAGGGGAUAAGUUAGGUAUGUAAACCAUUACUAUGCGUAAUUUAUUUUUCAAGAUGGUACCAUGGUGCAGGUGGCGGGCCAGGGCGAGUUUCACAGAAAGACCUUUCAUCAAAAUGCAAGUAUUUAUUCUUCCCCCAAGUAUGUCUUUAAAGUUUUAAGCAAACUGUGAAUAUUUUACACCCAAAACACUCCUAGGCAACCAUUUUGAUGCCUAUUCCUUCCUCUGUUCUCAAAGAAUGAGGCAAAGGCCUAAUGAUUUACAAAAGAGGGCAAUAGGAAUGCAAACUGGUGUAGAUUCAAAAACCGUUAAUCCUAUUUUGAAGACAUGGUCAUUCAAAUAAGGAUAUUUAUAUACUGGUAGUUUUGCAAGUCCUUUAAAGAAACUGGACAAGAAAGACAACAUCUCUAUACAAUACAAUUUUCCUAGAUACUUUUUUUUUUUUUUUCAUUUAUCCAUUCCAACAGUCAUUAUUAUUAACAUGUCUGCAUGUGUGCAUAUUGAGACAUUGUUCUAUACAAUGAGUCCAACAAUCGAGACACUCUUUAUUUAACACGUUGUGCCAAUUGAAUGAUAACCAAAUGUGAAAUGCUUUUUAGGUUAUGGGGGUCGGAUUUUCCCAGUGACCUUUCCCUGCUUCCUCCAGUCAACAUUAGAAUUUCUGAAUUGUGUCUUCCUCUGUAGGAACUUUGACCUGCCUUGGCAGCGAAGCCGCUGCCGCAUCGAGGUGCCCAAAAAACACACGCCACACCGUACCUGUCGGAAGUGA